UUUCUAGAGGUGGAUAUUCCCAAAUCAGAAAAGCUCCUGAAGCCCAAUCUAACAAGUCAGUGAGAGGCUGUGGGGGUGUGCCCGAGAGUGCCUGACACGUCGUCAGUUACACCUUCUGUCUCCGCCCCAAAAUGGCAGCUUCCGGUGUGCAGCUGUGUGUCAAACACACAUUUCUUCUUCCGCCCCUCAAGAAAGUGGCGACGACCACCUGCGCUCAAGUUCGUCACUGCCGCACAGUCCUAAGGCCACCGCAACUUCCAAACGUCACCGGGACGCCAACGAAACAUCAGCAGCGACAACACAUCCGUUUUUACAGUGAUGUGCUUGCCAAACAUGAGGAAAAUAAGGAAGACGCAAACCAGUUAAUACACAUUAAGAACGCCGUGCCGCUAAAUGAAAGCCCCGCAUCAUUAGAUCUGGAUGCGGCCACUGGAUCGUACGCGCUGGAAGAGAUCAGCGAUGAAGAGGCUGUACGUCUAACGCCUCGUCCGUCCAUCCCUCCGGUCGCCGCCUCUCUCAGAGACUACGUCGAUCGGUCGGAGACGCUCGCCAAACUAGUGCAUCUCGGGGUGAACCUGUGGAAGCUGGAGGAGAGGCCCAAUGUCGGCUCCAUGCUGCUCAGACUCAACUUCGAUACGGACGUGGCUCCGAGGCUGCUCUUCCUCAAAGCCCUCGGCGUGGACGAAUCUCGUUUGGGCUUCGUCGUCACGCGGAACCCGUUCGUCCUCACGGAGGAUUUGCAAAACCUUCACGCCAGGGUGAACUAUCUGAAGUCCAAGAAGUUCACGUCCGAGAAUGUUGCGUCAAUGGUUUCCAGAGCUCCUUAUCUUCUCAACUUCACCGUGAAGAGGCUGGACAACCGACUGGGUUUCUAUCAGCAGCAGCUGGGCCUCAGUGCGUCCAAUACCCGCAACAUUGUCGCGCGUCUGCCCAGGUUAUUGUGCGGCAGUUUGGAGCCUGUUAAAGAAAAUCUAAAGGUGUGCGAAAUCGAGCUCGGCUUCAAGGCCAAUGAGAUCCAGCACAUCGUCUCGGCCGUCCCCAAAAUUCUGACGGCCAACAAGCGGAAGUUGACGCAAAUAUUCGACUUCCUCCACAACACCAUGAAGGUGCCGCAUCACCUGAUCGUCAAGUUCCCACAGGUCUUUAACACCAAGUUCCUGCGUAUGAGAGAGCGCCACCUGUUCCUGGAGUACCUGGGAAGGGCUCAGUAUAACCCGGAUCAAGCCAACUACGUUUCCCUGGAACGUUUGACGUCGUCUCCGGAUGAGAUUUUUUGCACCGAGGUGGCUUUGGCCAUGCAGGAAGAUUUUUUCUUGUUCCAAAAGACACUUUAAACCGCUAUGAAGAAGCACGAGGACCAGGAAUAUGUAUUGAAACCAUUAAAGGACACAUACUAUUCACAAUUUCAAAAAGUUCUUGGGUGUCUUAAUAACAUGUCUCUGGUAUGCUUUCGUCAAAAUACAUCUAAGAUCAAGAUAUAUUGACAGUUAUAUAGUGUAUUUUUUUGCCAUGGUUAAAUUGGCUCAUUUUAGGGAUGGAUCUGCCUAUCCCAGCUGACUUGGGGCGAGAGGCGGGGCACACCCUGGACUGGUUGCCAGGCGAUCGCUGGGCACAGGAAGACAAACAUUCACACUCACAUUCACAGGACAAUUUAGUGUUGAGUUAACCUAAAGGUUUUUUUGAAUGUGGGAGGAAGAAGACUCAUGAAAACCACGCAGAGAACAUGCAAACUUCACAAAGGAAGCCCAAACUCCAGGUUCCAACCACCAACCUCUGAACUGUGAGGCGGAUGCGCAAACCACUCGCCCGCCAUGCUGCCAAUUUCCAUAAUGUUCCUGUUUUUAGCUCAAGACACAUGCCAGGGUUUAAAAUUGUGCUUAAUAAAUGUAUCCAGUUUUUUUUAUUUGCCUUUUUAGAUGUUGGGUUUACAUUUUCAGUCAUAUACAUACUACAAACUGUACUAUCUACUGCUAGAACUACACUUGUUGAUUUUAAAGCAAAUAAGAUCUCAUAUUUAUUUUAUCUAAAAAUAUAUGUAAAAUGUGUGAAAUUCUAUUCGGUUUUUUUUUCCCGUGGAGGCAGUUUAAAUGUGUAAACAGAGCGUGUCUUGCUUCAUAUAUAUUUUAUAAUGUAGAUGAUAAUGUACUCUAUAAUACUAACCAUUAUUUAUUGUUUGUAACAGUUACAUUAAACAAGCAGAAAGUGAAAUUUGACGGUUUUUUUUAAUUAAUAAUAA